GAGAUGAGCGCGCAGACUAAUGGCUUCGACUUUAGCAGACAACAAAGCACCAUGGCGUGAAGGGGACAGUUGCUUGGCCCCCAGCCCCAGAGAUGGCACUCUGCGAGAAGCAACAAUCCAGAGGCUCAUCCCCACUUCCACCGAUAACGUUGGUGCUGCAUUGCUGGUAUUUACAAACCAUGGUGACGGAGCGGAUGAGGAAAAGGAAGAAGAAACGCUUAUACCUAUCGCCAAGCUCCAGAGGCCAGGCUUUAGUGAUUUCAGCCAGGAGAAACCUCUGUUUCGCAGCAGUCUCGGACACCUUGGGGCAUGUAUGCCCAUGGUGCUGUCCAGGAGUGGUGCUGAUAUGGACAAAGUCCCUUACACCAUCAACAGAUACUUGAGGGAUUACCAGAGAGAAGGCAUUAGGUUCAUUUAUGACAACUACACCCGUUCCAGAGGCUGUAUCCUGGGGGAUGAUAUGGGCUUGGGUAAGACUGUACAGGUCAUUGGCUUCCUAGCGGCUGUGCUGCACAAAACAGGGACAUGGGAAGAUGUUGAGAAUAAUAGGCCUCAUUUCCUACUGACUCAAGUGCUACCUGAGCAGACAAAACCCAACAAAGUAUUCCUUAUUGUUGCCCCUUUGUCAGUGCUCUAUAACUGGAAGGAUGAGUUGGACACCUGGGGACACUUCCAGUGUGUGGUUGUUCAUGGACUGAGGAAGGAAGAGGAGCUGGCUCGCAUAAAGAAAGGACGCUCUGAGAUUGCCCUUACCACCUACGAGACUCUUCGCCUAUGUCUGAACCAGUUUAAUAGCAUAGACUGGUCAGCUGUGAUUGUUGAUGAAGCCCACAAGAUAAAGAACCCCAACUCCCAGAUCACUCAGGCUAUGAAAGAGCUGAAAUGUCAGGUCAGGAUUGGCCUCACUGGCACCAUCUUACAGAACAACCUUGAGGAGCUUUGGUGUGUCAUGGACUGGGCCAUACCUGGUUGUCUCGGUAGCUUAGGACACUUCAAGAACAAGUUUUCUGAUCCCAUUGAGCAGGGACAGAGACACAAUGCGACCAAACGUGCCUUAGCUACAGGGAGAAAAACUACCCAAACCCUGGCCAGGGAGAUUUCCCGCUGGUUCCUCAGAAGGACCAAGGCUCUUAUUAAAGAACAGCUGCCGAAGAAAAACGACAGGGUGGUGUAUUGCUCUCUGACAGACUUCCAGCAGACGGUGUAUCAGACGGUGCUGGACAGUGAUGAUGUGAAGUUACUGCUGCGCUCCUCUGAGAAAUGUGACUGUCAGAGUGGGCAGACUCGAAGGAACUGCUGCUAUAAAACAAGCUCUGAGGGUGUGAAAAUAAAGGAGCUGUACUUUAGCUAUUUGGCCAUUUUGAGGAAAGUGGCUAAUCAUGUAGCCCUUCUGCAGCCCUCACCUGGCACCAGCAAAAAACAAAGAAUGUAUGUGAGUACCAUCUGUGAGAGGGUAUUCCAAAAGUUUCCAGAAUUUGUGAAACGAUGCAAAGACGAAGCAUUUGAGGCCAUGUCAGACCCAAUUUACAGUGGUAAAAUGAAGGUACUGGAGAAACUGCUGAAAUAUUAUAUGCCGAAGAAAGAUAAAGUGCUUCUCUUCUCUCUGUCCACUAAGCUCUUGGAUGUGCUGGAGAGCUACUGCAUGGCAGAGGGGCUUGACUACAGCAGACUUGACGGUACCACCAAAUCCAAAGACAGAGUAAAGAUCGUAAAAGAGUUCAACAGCUGCCCACACAUUAACCUCUGCCUGGUUUCCACCAUGGCAGGUGGUCUUGGUCUUAACUUUGUGGGGGCUAAUGUAGUAGUGUUGUUUGACCCCACUUGGAACCCCGCAAAUGACCUUCAGGCUAUUGAUAGGGCCUAUCGUAUUGGUCAGUGCAGAGAUGUGACUGUGCUGCGGCUGAUCUCACUGGGGACGGUGGAGGAAGUAAUCUACCUCAGACAGGUUUACAAACAACAAUUGCAAAGUUCUGUGGUGGAAAGGGAAAGUGCCCGGCGGUACUUUGAAGCAGUGCAGGGGGCUGACGGCCAAAAGGGGGAGCUGUUUGGAAUCAAGAAUCUCUUCAGGCUGCAGACCCAGGGGACCUGCCUCACCCGCAAGAUACUGGAGCGAGAGGGACAAGUGGAGGCGGGUGUAACAACAACCAGCACACACACAGGCCAGGAGGAGGAGGAGGAGCAGGAGAGGAAGAGAGUUAGCAGCCUUUCGGAGAGCCCUCCAGACAGCCCACCCCGCCCUGCUAACGUCAGAGUAGAGCUGGCAGCCCCCGGCAGAACAGAGAGCCACAGUGUGGACCACCCAGUCACCUUCACAAACCAGACCGUCCACCACACCGCACACACAAUCUUCAUGAUCGGACAGACUCCUCAAGCUAUACGCAGGCAGCAGUUGGAAGAGAUGGCGGCACAGUUCAAGUUCUCCUCAGUCCAUCACUUUGUAGGGGAGGUUUUGAAGAGCAGCUCCACUCAGAGACAGGCCUGGCUGCGACAGUUCUACACUGCGCUGAACCUCCCCAAGCUGGCUGAAAUGGUAACGCACAACUUCCCCCAACCAGAUUCAGCACAUCCUGGACCCGAGAAGAUCACACACCCACCCUCCUCAUCAACCACUACCCCCUCAUCCUCCUCCAAACCCAAAGCCAGAGCCAGAACUAAAAGAACAUCCAGGAAGGCUGGUCUUGAAUCUCCCUCCAAUGCUAGAACCCCCAAUACAUCUGCUCCAGGACCCCGGAAAAAGCCAGGACACCCACAUCGAAACGCUCCAGAGCCCUUAAGUGAUGUCUUACUCCCUGAGUCGGAGGAGCAGGAGGAGACAGUCUAUGAUGCCAGAGGACACAAGAGGACAAAGAGGCGCUGUGUUUCAAGUUCUGGAGCUUCCAGAGUUGGGGCUGGUCUUGGCUCAGACCAGGCCGGUAACAGGACUCUGGGGCCUGGGCAAGCUGCUGCUUUCCUGGACCACAGAGACAGAGAUACCCCUUCUUCUCUGCCUUUCAGCCAUAGCUUGUCCAAGACACCAUCCAAACCCACAACACAGGCGAUGGAGGAGGAGCUAAAAUCCUCCCACAAUACGUGCAAAAAUAUCGAGGAACAGAUAGACAACCUUCGGCCUUCGCCUCCGCCUCCUCCGGAAGAGGCCCCAUCCAACGCCAGCCAUCACUCCCUCCUAACAGAUCUAAUUGGAGACACCUCUAUCCUUGAUGAUUUGUUUCGACCCAAACCAAGGGGGUCCACAAAAACACCCCCCACGUCUACUUCAGCGGUCACACAAGCCUCACCUCAGAGGUCAAAGUGCAGCCGCAAAGACUUCUGGGACAUCUUGAAUGAGGGGAAUGAGGAGAGCAUCAACAGAUUAACAGACAUUUCUGAGGUGGAGAGGGUGUGUAUAAACGCCGGCCUCACAGCAAGAACUAGAGCCAGAGGAGAGGAAAGAGAGAGUGCUGUACUUUGGAAGACUAAUGAGAAGUUCCUGUGGAAGAAAUAACAUGAGAGAGACAGAUUUUACAAAGAACAGGCUUCCUCUAUUUUGCGUCAUAGUUAUUGUUUUUCUUAUUUUUGUGAAACAAGUUUGAAAUUUUGAAAUGGGUGAACCUGAAAUGGUGUUUAAACACUUUAAACCACCAUGCAUCUGUUUCUUUCUCAAUAUGGUAAUAAGGUCAUAGCUUUAAUAUCUUUUCAAUCGUUUUUAGCUGUUUUUAAUAUCUCCUGGGUGAAAAUGGGCACCACAAACUGUAUUUUUUAUUUUGAACUGUUUUUAGUGCACUAAAUGAGCACCCAAAGGAGUUGAAGCAAGUGCAACUGGACUU